GAAGAACAAGAACAGCAGGUGAGGAGCGAUCUUCUUUCUAUGCUCAGUAUUGUUGAUGUGUGUUUGAAAUUGUCGUAUAAAAUCUGUAAAAACUACUGUGAAUUGUAAAAGUUUUUCUUCGGAGAAGCAAGAAAAGGCGUCCGGCUAACUAGGACUAUUGAAUGGUGCAAAGAAAAGAUCCGUGACAGUUUGCGGAUCGGAUUAUUCAGGGUAUUUUCGGCUUCCACUGAAAAAGCAAAGAAGUAUUAUUUUGGAGUGAUAGGAGACGAGCGAUGGCUGAUAUCGUUUAUCCUCCGGGAUGUCGGCCCAUCAACGAAGAUAUGGGCCCUGAUGAGCUGAUACGACGGCUGAAAACCCUCACCCAUACACUGCAGGCGAUGGGCCAGGAUGAGGGCAUGUAUACGCAAUAUAUACCCCUGGCAGUACAUCUGGCGGACGAUUUCUUCCUUCAGCAUAGCUCGAAAGAUGUACAACUGCUCAUUGCAUGUUGCAUUGCCGAUGUCCUCCGCGUUUAUGCUCCUGAUGCUCCCUAUAAGGAUCAGGACCAGAUCAAAGGCAUAUUCCUGUUCCUGAUCAAACAACUCAAUGGACUGAGAGACCCUAAAGAUCCGGCAUUUAAGCGAUAUUUUUACCUGUUGGAAAAUUUGGCAUACGUGAAAUCCUUCAAUAUGUGCUUCGAGCUGGAAGACUGCCAGGACAUUUUCUGCACACUUUUUAGUCUGAUGUUUAAAAUUGUCAACGAUGAACAUAGCAGCAAAGUGAAAUCUUUCAUGUUAGAUGUUCUAUGUCCACUAAUAACCGAAUCCGAUUCGGUGUCAUUCGACUUGCUGGACUUGAUAUUUAUCAAUAUCAUCGAACCCUUGCGCACCCAGAAGAAAAACGCCUACCAGUUAGCCAAGGAUCUGAUUGUUAAAACCAGUGAUACGCUCGAAUCCUACACCCAGGCGUUCUUCAAUCAGAUCCUGAUUCUGGACAAGUACGAGAAGCAAUACCAAAUAAUGCCGAAGAUCUACGAUGUCAUUUACGAGCUUAACGUUAUCAGCCCGAGCAUUCUGCUUUCGGUUUUACCGCAGCUGGAGUGCAAGCUAAAAUCGGCCCAAGAGAAUGAACGUCUGCGGGCGGUUUCGCUGCUAGCGCGAAUGUUCUCCGAGAAAGAUUCCACCUUGGCCAAACAAUACGGGCCACUGUGGCGCCAGUUCCUUGGUCGGUUCUACGACAUUGCCGUUCCUAUCCGUAUCAAAUGUGUUCAAAGCACGAUGCACUUUUUGCUAAAUCAUCCCCAUCUCAGAAAAGAUAUCAUCGAAAUCCUGAAGGUUCGCCAACACGAUUCGGACGAGACCGUUCGCUACGAAGUAGUUAUGGCUAUAGUGGAAACCGCCAAACGGGACUUCCAAAUAGUGUCCGAGUCGGAAGAUUUGCUCGAGUUCGUCAAAGAACGCACGCUGGACAAAAAAUACAAAAUACGCAAGGAAGCGAUGAAUGGUCUGGCAAUGAUCUACAAAAAGUAUCUCAACGAUAGCAACGUUCCAGAGGCAACUAAGAAAGCGGUCAACUGGAUCAAGGAUAAGAUCCUCCACGGCUAUUACAUGACGGGAAUCGAAGACCGUUUAUUAGUGGAGCGUCUUCUCAUCACCUGCUUGGUUCCGUAUCAGCUGCCAGCAGAAGAUCGUAUGAAGAAACUGUACCAAUUACUUGGAACCAUUGAUGAAAACGCCACAAAGGCAUUCAUAGAGCUUCAAAAAAAUCAACUUAAAGUUCGCCGUAACGUAUCUGAAUGGAUCAAAAUGCACCGGAUAAAAGAUAUAACGCCAAACAUUCAAAAAGACAUGAAUGCGAAGUGUGCCAAUAUAGCGAAGCAACUUCCAGAACCGGUCAAGGCACAGGAAUUCCUACUGAAAUUCAGCACUCAAAUGCGCAAGGAUCACAAACUUAUUUCCGAAAUGGAAACCAUUUUGAAGCGAGAUGUUUCUUGCAAAGAAUGUGCUGAUACAAUGGCCAUAGUGCUUAAAAAACUUGGCCAACCGGUUAUGACCAACACGUACUAUAACACUGUUAAAAUGCUUCUUGAACGCAUUGCCUCGGUCAUGGUGGACAAACAAUCCAUAGGCGUACUGAUUGAACUCAUCCAGGAGUGCAUGAAUGGUUCCGAAAUAAUAGACGAAGUUACACUUCCAUCUGAAUCUGCCGGCGAACGAGGUCUCAAACUACUAACAGUACUGGCUUAUGUUUUCUCAGCCCACUUCCAGCACGAAGAAAUUCUACGACAUAUGAUAGGGCUGCUGAACUUUGACGAAGAGUACGUUGCUCCGUACGUUCUCAAGGCGUUCACUUACCUAGGACGAUACAAACCACUCUACGAUUGUCACAUGGAUAUCGUAAAGGAAUUGGCUCCCAUAUGCAAAGAAUUUGCCGUCGCUGGAACACCAAAACAAGCUAAACACGCAAUCAGGUGUAUGUUUGUAAACACCCAACAAUCGAACGAACCGAACGCAGACCCCAGUGUUGAUAUCUUCCCAGAAAUUAUAGAAUCCUUCAAAUUGACUCUCAACCCGGAAAACGAACACUACCGAACCGCGAUAGUCAGUUUAGGACACAUCGCGUACAACCUGCCCGAUAAAUUUCACGUUCAAAUCAAGAACAUUAUAUCACGGAAAAUCGUCAAAGAGUUGUUGGUCAAAGAAACAAGCGAAGGUCGAUCGGACGUUCCAACCAUGGAUUGGUGCGAUGAGGACGAACUGCCAGAAGAAACUCGUUGUAAAGUGGAAGGUCUCAAAACGAUGGCCCGUUGGCUGCUCGGACUCAAGAAGGAUGUUCUUUCGGCGCAGAAAACUUUCCGCAUGUUGAACGCGUUCAUCAGCAAAAAGGGAGAUUUGCUCGAGCAAGGUACCCUGUCCUCUGCAGAGAAAUCCUGGUUGCGGUUAAGUGCCGGCAAGGCUAUGCUUAAAAUCUGCGAACAAAAGGGAGUCGGUGAUCAGUACAUCGUAGAGCAGUUCUAUAAUCUGUCACAUUUAAUGUCUGAUCCGGUGUCCGAAGUGCGAGAUAUUUUCGUAAAGAAAUUACAUAAAGGAUUGAAUAAAGGCAUCCCACACAAGUGUCUACCGUUAGACUUUAUGGGCUAUUACGUACUCGGUGGACGGGAAACCGAUAGGAAACUUCAACAACAGAUCAAAACUAACAUCGAAGCUGACGUCAAUCGACGAAGGGAAUACGUCAAAACCUUUGCUACUGUCGAACGCGCCAUGAGCCAACUGCCACAUGUUCUACCGGACUAUAUGCUAGUGUUUGCCGUACCAGUAUUGACGCACGAUCCCCGCUUCACCCGACACACGGAUCCGGUACAGCUUCGGCAAAUCGAGCGCUGUCUGUGGAUGAUUCUUGAGCCCCUGGUAACCAACAAGGAAUUCUUCUGCUUUGGCUUCUACAAAAAUUUAAUCGAACGCAUGAAAAACCACAAGGAUGCAUUCAAACCGGACGAUGAGGAAACCAACUGCAAAAUGUGGGCAAUUUGUGAUAUAGCACUCGGUUUGAUCCUGACUAAAGCGAAUACCUACGACAUCCGUGAGUUUCCAGUGGAUGCUCGCAUACCUUCAAUGUAUUUCCAAGCUCAGCCGGAAGAUUUCCACAACGAUCGUCUUUAUAUUCCGGAAGACAUGUAUAAUCUUACGGGUUCAACAUCAUCGAAAAAAUCAUCUGCACUGAAUGAUCGAAAAAAGGCAUCAAGCUCCUCCAAGAAACCGAACAACCACGAGGGCAACGGAGAAGAUGCAGAACAGGAUUCAAGCGCAGAUGAAGAUGAACCUCCUUCGAAAAAAAUCCACAGCAGUAGAGACGACGACGACUAAUUUAAGGAAUGAAUUCAACACCUUCUUAUUGAGUAGGGACUUUCAAGAAGAUCUUUUUAUAUUAGUAAUAUAAAAAUAAUGAUCUUUGUCUAAAAAAGUAAGUUGAAAGCAGAAUGAAGUGGAUGAAUUUUUUUAUCUCUUUAUAAAGAUUGAAAUUAAGUUAAAGAAUAUCUGUAAAUCACGAACGCGCAGAUUGGUAAAUGUUAUAUUAUUAUUUAUACAAUUUCGGCAACAUAAAUACUGCAUGCAUGUUUGGACAUUCUUGUUAUUUUAUUUGCGAAAAGUUAUCGAUAGAGUAUCCGCAACGGGCUAGAACGCAAGUAAAAUAACAGAUAAAACUACAAGGAAUGCUCGGAAGUUAAAGGGAAAUUCUACGACUCAAAGGACGUGGCGCAUAUAGACAUACAAUGGCAAAGAAUGACCUCUCAAAGGCUAAAUAAACGUGAAAA